UGUCCAUCUCAACCGGGGUCUAAGACGCAGAGCGCGCGGCGCGACGCGAGGGCGAGAUUCACGAGAAAUAAAAAAACAACAACAACAACAAAAGAUCCGUGCCCAGUGUUGAUUUGUUUUAGUCGUUGCGCGUUACGCGCGAAUCCCUCUCCAUCGCCUUUGCGCGCGCCCGGUAGCUGUCAGUCGGGGCGCUAUCGCGUCCGCGUGUCCAGCCCACUGAUCUUUUGCAGAGUGUAAUCUCAUCAGUGUCCCGUAGCUGCGCGCUUCCGUCUUUCACUGUCUUCGGACGGCAUUUGCGCUUCAAGCUGGAUAAGGAAUAUUUUUUUUAUCAGGGAAAACUUUUAUCAACAAAGGGGUUAAGCUCCAUUUGCAGACACCGGAACGUCUGAAUGUGUGAUGAAAUGUCCAUUUGAGCGUUUUAAACUUUUGACCGGAAGAAGACAUGGAAUCGACAUGUAAAGAGAGGAGUCUUUUAUACUUACUUCUCUUUGCAAUAUGCACAGCUAGCGUUUGCUUUUGUGCAAGAAGAUCAAAUGCUCGGAGAUCUGAUCGCCUGAGUCCUCCGCUAGACAUCCAGCUGGAGACAGUCAACUGCACCGCCUUCAGUGUGCGAUGGAAGAUGCCCCGGCGACACGUUAGCACCAUCACUGGAUACAAGGUCUUCUACACAGAGAUGAGGAAUGGCCGUCCAAUGGCUACAGAGUCUUUGAUGGAGGUGCCUCUCAGCUUGGACAUGCUGACCACUGGGCAAUUUGAUGGACAAGCCAGCUUUGACGUGGACAUCGGUAACCUCAAAGUAAACACCAAGUACCGGGUGACUGUGGGAGCGUAUGGUUGGGCGGGGGAGGGGAGACCCAGCAUGCCCAGAGACAUCGGCACCGCCUCACACGACAAGUGCAUGCCCCCGUCGCCCCCCACUCAGCCUGUGGUCAUGGCUGUAUCUGACACCGAGCUGGCGUUGUCAUGGCAACAAGGAGAGAACGAGGGAAGUGCACCUGUCCUCCACUUCCUGGUGGCUUACAUCAGGCCGGAAAUGGAUACAGAGUGGACGUACAUCCGUGAGCCCAUAGAGACCAACUCCAUGGUUUUGAAGGGGCUAUUACCGGAAACUGAGUACCAGUUUGUUGUCAGGGCGGCCAACCUGCACGGAGUGAGCCCCCCCAGCCACAUCAACAGCCCCGUGCGCACUCUCGGCGCAUCAGAUGUUGGCAGUGGUGAUUACGGCCGCUACAUCACAGAUUCAAGGAUCAAAGACGAAGAUGGCUUCGACCUUGAUGAUUCUGAUUAUGAUGUCUUUAUUGAAGAGUUGAAGCCAUUCCCAGGUAUCAAUCAAUCAAAGGACAACAGGAAGUCCCAGCUCCGUUCCCGCCCGGAUCCUCCGUCGGGUCGCAACGUUGUUUACCGCAUGAACACCAUGGCUCCCAACGUUACUGCCGCUGCAGCUUCCUCCACCAACUCGCCCACCUUCCCAGAUUCUCCAGGUCGGAUUUUCUCAACGACCUCAAAGCCCGGUGUCACUAAUGACACCGCAACUGCUGCCCCACUGACCACCAACGGCGUCCCGUUGUCCACCACCACGCCGCCCACGUCCCCCUGGAAAGGUGAGGUUCCCCGGCUGUAUGCGCUGACCUGCGACGACACUGUUUGCCCCCCCGACAGCUUCUGUCUCAGCGAUUACGACGGCGGGGGCUCGCGCUGCCACUGUAACCUCGGACGGAGAGGGGACGCCUGCUCCGACGCGGUACCUGUGAACUUUCCAAGGUUCUUUGGGUACUCUCACAUGACCUUUGAACCCUUGAAAAACUCUUUCCAGACAUUUCAGAUCUCUUUCGAGUUCAAGGCAGAAUCUGACGAUGGCUUGCUGCUCUACUGUGGAGAGAAUGAACACGGACGUGGAGACUUUACCUCUUUGGCUCUGGUGCGAGGCAAGCUUCACUACAGGUUUGACUGCGGUACAGGAGCCGCCCAGAUAGUCAGCGAGAGUCGCGUUGCGGUCGGUCGGUGGCACACGGUCACCGUCUUCAGAGACGGCAUGAGCGGCUGGCUGCGUAUGGACAACGACACCCCCAUAUCAGGCCGCUCGCAGGGCCAGUACACCAAGAUCACUUUUCGCUCGCCGCUGUACGUGGGUGGAUCCCCGAGUGCUUAUUGGCUGGUCAAGGCGACAGGGACAAAUCGUGGCUUUACUGGCUGCAUUCAGAGUCUGACCAUCAACAACAAGGCAACUGACAUCCGACCUUGGCCUGUGGGCCGAGCUCUGAGUGGAGCUGAUAUAGGUGAGUGCAGCGACAGCAUGUGUGACCUGGUCAGCUGUGCCAACGGUGGAGUCUGCUUUGCAAACCGCGCCGAUGGCUUCAUCUGCCUGUGCCCGCUCGGCUUCAGGGGAGCACUUUGCGAGGAGACCUUCUCCCUGUCCUCGCCGCUCUUCAACGAGACUGUGUUUUCGUACGCUGUCAUCCCCUGGCCUCAGUCCUAUCAGAGCUAUCUGUCCUUCAUGGAGUUCGAGCUGACGUUUCAGCCGCUGAAGCCCGAUGGCACGCUGCUGUACACCGAUGACGCCGGCAGCGGAGACUUUCUGGCUAUCAACCUCGUGGAUGGAUACGUAGAGUUCAGAUUUGACUGCGGAUCUGGAGGAGCUACGAUAAGGAGCGAGGAGAAGAUCGGACUGGAAACAUGGCACGAGCUGAGGGUGUCGCGCACAGCAAAGAGUGGCAUCCUUCAGGUGGAUAGUCAGAGACCAAUGGAAGGAAUCGCUGAGGGAGCUUUCACUCAGAUCAACUGCAGCUCACCUCUUUAUAUUGGCGGAGUACCAGAAUAUGACAAAACCAAGAGGACGGCGGCCGUGAUGAAGCCCUUCACAGGAAUUAUCCAGAAGCUGAUUCUCAACGACCGCACCGUGCCGAUAACCACCGGCUCUGCUGGUGGGUUUAAUUUAGCAAAUUCAGCUCAUCCAUGUGUAGAAAGUCCCUGUGCCAACGGAGGGACGUGCAGGCCAAAGUGGGACAGCUACGAGUGUGACUGCCCCCUAGGGUAUGAUGGGAGGCACUGCCAGAAAGAGUGUGGGAAUUACUGUCUGAACACUGUGACCGAAGCCAUCGAGAUCCCGCAGUUCAUUGGUCGAAGUUACCUGACGUAUGACAACAGAGAUAUCCUGAAAAGGGUGUCCGGGUCCAGGACCAAUCUUUUCAUGCGCUUUAGGAGCACGGCCAAGGACGGCCUGUUGCUAUGGCGAGGAGACAGUCCAAUGAGACCCAACAGCGACUUCCUGUCCAUGGGACUUCAGGAUGGCGCUCUAAUCUUCAGUUAUAACCUCGGCAGCGGUGCGGCUCACGUCGCUGUCAACGGGACCUUCACCGAUGGAAAGUGGCACAGAGUCAAAGCUGUGAGGGACGGGCAGUCGGGGAAGCUGACAGUGGAUGACUAUGGAGCAAAGACAGGCAGGUCGCCUGGAAAGAUGAGACAACUCAAUAUCAACGGACCCUUAUAUGUUGGUGGCAUGAAAGAGAUAGCUCUGCACACAAACAGACAGUACAUGGGAGGCUUGGUGGGCUGCGUGUCCCACUUCACACUCUCCACUGAUUACCACUUAGCACUGGUGGAGGACGCCGCCGACGGCAAGAACAUCAACACCUGCUCCAACUAGCACAAGGCUUAAACAUGCGAUGCUGCGUCUUCGGGGACAUUUUCAAGCGGAGCGAACACCUCGACCGGGCGGAUCUGUCAUCUUGAAACCGAUUGAAAGAAUAUGACAUGUUGGCCUUUGCUAUUCAGGGCCCACGUGGUAUAAACGCGACAAAAGUGUGAAAGAUGUUACUUUGAGUCACGAAGUGGCUCCUGUGUACAACGUUUGCAAACCACCGUUGACCUUCCAAGUUGUGCGUUGUUGAUGAAUUGCUCUUUUAAAGAAAAAAAACAAAACCAGAGGAUAUUAGAAAGUACUCUGUGAGCUUAAGCGUUAUGGGUUAUGAAGGUCUUUGAGGGACAAUUUCUUAUUUUUCAUGGGAUGAUUACUAUCAUAUCUUUGUUUUUUUUUCUACUGCAAAUCCUUAUUUGAUUGCUGGAAGAACCAAGUGAUCCGCGGGAACAAGAGUCAUCGCAGGUCUUUCAGGAGCCUGACGUAGAGCAGCUAGCAGAAAUGAACUUCUUUGUAGAGGAUUUUUGUUGUUUUGUUGCACUCGUACUAUUGUUUGUGGCGUAUUAUCAGUCCGUAGACUACAUUUUCUUUCUUUAAAGUGCAAUGCUGUCAGUUUUUUUUAAAGGUUGCUAGUUUUGAAGGAGAAAGAUGUCAGCUGCCCACAAUCUAUGUUUCUGUCCUGGAGAAAUUGUGCUUGACAGUUAAAUCACAAACCACUGCUCGUGGACGUCAGCCUUCAAGCUAUUUUGAAGCUAAAAUUGAUCUCUUACUUAAACAUUUGCAAUUCAAGAUUGUUCAUUUGGUUGCAAUGCUUGAGCUGCUUAAAAUCAACUUUCUGCAAAUGAUCCCGCUAUUGUGCAUAAUUAAUCUUGCAUAACUUAACUGUUGUUUCCCCCCCAAAAAGAUUAGCGAUAUUGUCAAAAUAAGAUCAAGAGCAUACACCUUGUAAGUUUUAGCUCUGAACAAAUCACAUAAUAAAUUGUCAGUUAUUACACAAA